AUGCAAUAUUUUUUGGAAAAUGUUAAAAGGAUAUCACAAACAUUUAGUAGAUCUAGCAGUAUACAAGUUGAAAAUUCCUCAGUUAGUUCAAUGGAGGUUCAAUCUGAUAAUCCUCCCACGUACGAAGAAGCAAUUGCAGAACCUCAAAAUUCUGCAAAUAUUGAAAACAAUGUUUCUAGAUCAGAAGCCGAAACACAAAAUGUUUCUAUUAGUACUGAUCGAUUGAGUGAUUAUAUUGCUCAGAAUAUAUCACUCCAUAAAUGA